CAAUCUCUCAGAAACUUACCUCAGGAGUCAAAAAAGACAGAAGAAAAAAAUAAAAAUCCAGUUUUGUAAUUCCACCACUAUCUUCUCUGUCUCUCUCUCUCUCUCUCUCUCUCUCUCUGACAAGGAGCAAAAGAGAAACACUUUCCGACUCGCUUUGUUUCGUGAGAAAGAAUUGUUCAUGGGUUGUUGUCAAUCCUUGUGUCGGGGUGAGAACCCGCUUAGUAAAGAUGGAGCUCAGCCGCUACAACUGUCUCAAAACCACCACGGCGGUGCCACGGCGGCUUCUGGACUCGAUAACGGCGGAAUCGGAGGCGUCGGAGCUGGUGGUGUAGUUGGAGGAGGAGGAGGAGGAGGAGGAGGCAUCCCUUCUUUCUCUGAGUUCUCUUUCGCUGACCUCAAAGCAGCCACCAACAACUUCAGCUCCGACAACAUCGUAUCAGAAAGCGGCGAGAAAGCCCCAAAUCUUGUCUAUAAAGGCCGACUUCAGAACCGUCGCUGGAUCGCCGUCAAGAAGUUCACGAAGAUGGCUUGGCCUGAUCCUAAACAAUUCGCGGAAGAGGCAUGGGGUGUGGGGAAAUUGAGGCAUAAUCGGUUGGCGAAUUUGAUUGGAUAUUGUUGUGACGGAGAUGAAAGGCUUCUUGUUGCUGAGUUCAUGCCUAAUGAUACUCUUGCUAAGCAUUUGUUCCAUUGGGAAAAUCAGACCAUUGAAUGGGCCAUGAGGUUACGAGUAGGAUAUUACAUAGCUGAAGCUUUGGAUUAUUGUAGUACCGAGGGUCGUCCAUUGUACCAUGAUUUAAAUGCUUACAGGGUUCUCUUUGAUGAGGAUGGUGAUCCUCGCCUAUCAUGUUUCGGCUUGAUGAAGAACAGUCGGGAUGGUAAAAGUUAUAGCACAAAUCUAGCGUAUACACCACCUGAAUAUCUAAGAAAUGGAAGAGUGACACCUGAAAGUGUUACUUACAGCUUUGGAACUGUGCUUCUGGAUUUGCUUAGCGGCAAGCACAUCCCUCCAAGCCAUGCACUGGAUAUGAUACGUGGCAAGAAUAUUAAUAUGUUGAUGGAUUCACACCUUGAGGGAAAAUUCUCAACAGAAGAAGCUACCGUAGUUGUCGAGCUCGCCUCUCAAUGUUUGCAAUAUGAGCCUCGAGAGAGACCCAAUACAAAAGAUCUCGUUGCAACACUUGCACCGUUGCAAACUAAAGCAGACGUAAGCGUGACUGAGUUCUUGAAUUUUGUUGAGUUUAUUUUUCUUCUUCUUGUUCUUGAAGUGUUAAAAAAAUUUCGGUUACAGGUUCCUUCUUAUGUAAUGCUUGGAAUAAAGAAGCACGAGGAGGCGCCUUCAACGCCACAGAGGCCACUUUCACCAUUAGGUGAGGCUUGCUCGAGAAUGGAUCUCACAGCUAUUCAUCAGAUUUUGGUCAUGACACAUUACAGAGACGACGAAGGGACAAACGAGUUAUCUUUCCAAGAAUGGACGCAACAGAUGAAAGAUAUGCUUGACGCACGAAAACGCGGUGAUCAAUCUUUCCGCGAGAAAGACUUCAAAACUGCCAUCGACUGUUACUCACAGUUCAUCGACGUUGGAACAAUGGUUUCACCAACUGUAUUUGGUCGGCGAAGUCUAUGCUAUUUACUAUGCGAUCAACCAGACGCAGCACUACGCGACGCGAUGCAAGCGCAAUGCGUGUAUCCUGACUGGCCAACGGCUUUCUACAUGCAGUCAGUGGCAUUAGCGAAGCUGAACAUGAACACAGACGCAGCCGAUAUGUUGAACGAAGCAGCUCAGCUCGAAGAGAAGAGACAACGAGGGGGCAAAGGAUCUUGAUUCUUGAGACACAACCUGUUACAUCUCUGUUGUAAAAUUUGAUGAGGUUCAAGAAAUUCUUGUCAAGAAGAGCCAAAAAAAAAAAAAACGGUAAAAACUAGUCGCUGUGAUUGUUGAUUGGGGUUGUAAUGUAACCAUAGGGAGAGAGAAAAAAAAAAUUGAUGUUUGGUUGUAAUGCAAUACAUGUUGUAAGUUUUUUAAUGGACAAAGUUUCGAAAAAUACAAA